GCAGCCGGGACAGCUCCCUAGACGCAGCACACGGCUCGAGUCGAGGCUCGGCAGCGUUUCGGUCGAGUACCAGUAACCCAAGCUCUUCGCUCUGCAACCGGCGUGUUCAACCGCUGCGUUUAAUUUACAAACACAGCCACAAGCGCUUGCAAGGGCAAAUAACCACCAUGUUCAAAGCAAUUUUAACAGCGCUCGUGUACGGGUACACCAUCAUCAUCAUGCUGGGCAUGGGCGCGUCGAUAGACAUCGACGUGCCAGCGGAGAUCAAAAAGUCUCCGAAGGCGAUCCUGUGCGGUGUGGCCAGUCAGUACCUGUUCAUGCCACUAAUCACUUUUGGCUUGAUCUGCGCCUUCGACCUGGGCGACACGGAGGCGCUGAGUCUCAUGCUGUGCGGCAUGUCGCCGGGAGGUGUCACGUCCACGUUCUUCACGUACGUGUCGCGCGCCAACGUGACAUUAUCGUUGCUGAUGACGACGUGCAGCACCUUCCUGGCCCUGGGCAUGAUGCCGCUGCUCAUCUUCGUGUACGUGCGGCCCCCUUUAGUUGAUGACAACGCACCGAAGAUGAAUUACCUCGCGAUCGUCGUCACGCUGAUCGUGGCAACGACUCCGGCUGUUCUAGGCUGGCGGCUGCGCCGGACGCGGGAGGGCGCGGGCAAGGCGACGGAGACGUGGGCGACGCGCGUCGGCGCCGUCCUGUUGGUGGCCGCGUGCGUCCUGGCACUUCUCGGCGUGCCCUCGGCGAUCACGCCGUCGGCGUUCGCCGUCAUGGCACUCAUGUGCCCCGUGGGCUUCUUGUUAGGCUACGGCUUUGCCAAGGUCGUGAUCGGGGCGGAUGCGAAGACUGCUCGCACAGUGAGUAUGGAGACGGGGAUCCAGCAGGUUGGGAUUGCUGGUGCAAUUGCAAUUCAAACUUUUAAAGGACAAGCGUUAGAUAAGGCCAUCGCCACGAUCGCAGUCUUCGGGAUUUUCACGGUCGCGUUCGGCCUGCUCUGGAGCGGUAUUCUGCGCUUCGCGUGCGCCGCGCCGCCCGAGGACGAAAAAGCCCCGGAGAAGCCGCCCUUCGACGACCAGAGCCCGGUGGUUAUCACGGCAUAGCCACAUCGUGACUCAAACCCGACCCCAUUAUAUCUGCGUAAAGGUCGCCUGUGUGCACAUAAUAGACA